AUAUCUUCAAAAUAUACAGAACGAUAAACACCAACAAGAAAAGGAUUUAUAUACCAAUCAAGAUCAAAAUUUGUGAGGAUAGGAAUAAUCAUAAGAGGAGAAAUACAAACGGCUUCUUAAGCACUGAAAAACGCGCUUUAUUAUAAAUGCUGCUGAUUAAGUUGGUGGAACCCUCAUUUCAAAUUUGAAUUCAGUUGCUCCUGCUACCCCUUCCCUGUUAGUCUCAACACAAACAGCCUGACACAACCCUGUGUUUGGGGAAGUUUAUCCUUUACCACGACGUUCGGCUGGCCGCGGGAACGUAGGUCAAGGGGCCACUCUGAAUGGAGCUUAGCGCAGCCUCUGCAGGAGUAAAAUCACCUUCUGCUUAAGUCUACGUGCGGGCUGUGGACGUGGUCCUCCGACGGAGCUGCCUAGCCGCGGAAGCAGCGGGACCUGGGGAAGGAUGUUCUAGCCAGCCGGCUACUCGGUGGUAGGGCGCGCAGCCACCUGGCUUCUGCGCGCCGCCAUGUUGCAAGCGCAGGGCCCGAGCCAUGGCUGCGAACGGGGGAUCCCGAAUGCUAGCGGAAAUAACUCAGCCCGGCAGAUACUGGAAGUGCGGCCUGGACUGUACCUGGGUGGGGCGGCGGCCGUCGCUAAGCUGGACCACUUGAAGGAGGCCGGCAUCACUGCCGUGCUUACGGUGGACUCGGAACCUGGUUUCGAGGCGGGGGCUGGGUUCGAAGGUCUACGGAGCCUCUUCGUGCCAGCGCUGGACAAACCCGAGACCGACUUGCUCAGCCAUCUGGAUCGGUGCGUGGCCUUCAUCAGCCAGGCCCGCACUGAGGGCCGGGCAGUGUUGGUACACUGCCAUGCAGGCAUCAGUCGAAGUGUUGCCAUAGUGACUGCAUUUUUAAUGAAGACUGACCAUCUUACCUUUGAAAAAGCCUAUGAAAACCUCCAGACUAUCAAACCUGAGGCUAAGAUGAAUGAGGGCUUUGAGUGUCAACUGAAAUUAUACCAGGCAAUGGGGUAUGAAGUGGAUACCUCUAGUGCAAUUUAUAAGCAAUAUCGUUUACAAAAGGUUACAGAGAAGUAUCCAGAAUUACAGAAUUUACCUCAAGAACUCUUUGCUGUUGACCCAACCACCAUUUCACAAGGAUUAAAAGACGAAGUUCUCUACAAAUGUAGAAAGUGCAGGCGGUCCUUAUUUCGAAGUUCUAGUAUUUUGGAUCAUAAUGAAGGAAGUGGGCCUGUGGCCUUUGCCCACAAGAGAAUGACACCAUCUUUCAUGCUUGCCACAGGGAAUCAGGCUCAAUGUACAUCUUAUUUCAUUGAACCUGUACAGUGGAUGGAACCUACUUUGUUGGGAGUGAUGGAUGGACAGCUUCUUUGCCCAAAAUGCAGUGCCAAGUUGGGAUCCUUUAAUUGGUAUGGUGAACAGUGCUCAUGCGGUAGAUGGAUAACACCUGCUUUCCAAAUACAUAAGAAUAGAGUGGAUGAAAUGAAAACGCUGCCAGUUUUGGGAUCACAGACAAGAAAAUAAUGAACUUACUUGAAGAGAAAUUUGCUGGUGAUACGUGCUACCCUUGCUUAUUAUCAUUUCAUGGCAAUUUUUAGGCCAAUAUUUCAUUUGGAAUGUGAGCAGAUAAAAUCACUUGAUGUAACAUGAAAACUAUACUUUGUUAGCUUCUUACAUGAAAUAGGUAGAAUACUUUACAUGGCAAUCAAAACUUUUUAAUCAUGUAAAUUUUAUUUGACUUGAUGUUGAAGUCUUUUGUAACCUGGAUACGUUCUUUGUUUCAUAUCGAAUUUACUUAUUUACUUACUUAUUUAGUGGUGCCAAAGAUUAAAUCCAGGCAGGGCCUUAUACAUGCUAGAUAAGUACUCUACUACUGAGCUACAUCGCAAGCACCUCAUAUAUUUUAAAAAUUUCUGAUUUGGGGGAUGUUAGUUAUAUGAUCUUAAGGUCUGGAUGGACAAAAUUAUGUAUAAAAUUUUGGAACUGGUAUGUUUAGGUAGAUACAUUGUUAUUUCCAGAAAUGUAAAGCACAUGUAUUUGGACAUAUUUUGAAAAGUAUUUCAUUUUCUUUUAAUGGAUGGUAUUAGUAAACCUACAUACGUCAGGCUUUUUCUUGGAAACGUAAACGAAGACCAUUAAAAAACACUGAUUAAAAUGUGGUUUUCCACUUAUUGUUUAGAAAUCCCUAUUUUGUCUACAUUUUCACAAAAAUGUGUUUGAGAUAUUUCGUGAAGUUGUUUACAUAAAGAAAUGUAUUGGUUUUACAUAUGUUUAUAAUGAUGAAGGAAACAGAUGUGGAGUUACUUUAUAUCCUUACUUCUUUUUUAUGUGGUGCUGGGGAUUGAACCCAGAGACACUCCACCACUGAGCUACCUCCCCAGUCUUUUUUUUUUGGUACUGGAAUUGAACCCAGGGGCU